AUGGAGAAACAAGAAAUCGACGAGAAUAUUCGCCCUCCAUCCUAUUCAAACGAAAUCCCCCCUUCUAGCAGCUUGAUAAAGCCCCAAGCUCGUGAGCCUUAUGAUGCUAGCGUCAGCUUCGAGGAAUACACCUACUAUGCGGAAAAGACCAGGGCUGAACAGGAGCUGCUCGAGCCGCCCGUUUUGAAUGUUCGACAGUUUUUUAGAAAGUCGAGUGACAGCGAUGCGCUGAACCAGAAUGUUACGACCCAUUUGACUGAAGAGGAUUUCACUGAUCGCGCGAAGAGGCUUGAGAUCUCUGAUGAAGAAUGGUCGAAUGCUAGUCGGGCAUUUAGGUCUGCCUCGUGGGGCGCUUGUUUCUACUUGAUCACAACCGAUAUUCUUGGACCGUAUGGAUCUGGUUUUGCGAUGGGAACUUUGGGCUGGGGACCUGGUGUCGCUUUCUACACAGUAUUCGGACUGAUGGUAGGGUAUUCCGGAUACCUCAUCUGGCGCGUCUACAUGGGUGUUGACAGCUUCGAAUUCCCGGUGAAAAACUACGGCGAUCUCGGAUUUCGGACACUGGGUCAUGGAGGCCGUCAUGUUACGAAUGUGAUGCAGGGUAUUGGAUUGCUGCUUAUAACUGGACAAGUGACGAUCCAAUAUGGUGAGAAUAUCUCGCAAGUCUCGAAGUUCAAACUAUGCUACGCCGUAUGCCCAGUCCUGUUCGCCAUUGCCGGAUUCUUCAUUACCCAGAUCCGAACAUUGAAGGCCUAUGGAUGGAUAGCAAAUUUGGCCGUUUGGUUGAAUAUCUUCGUUAUUUUCAUGACAAUGGGUGUGAUGGCGAACACGCCGCCAAAUUUCCAGAUCUCUACUCUGGGCUCUGCUGGCAGUGCUACUGACCCAACAACCAUUACGCCCGUGGAUGGUGUCUACCCGCCCAUCAUCCAUUACAACAAUAUCCCCCCAGGAAAUGGUCUGGUUGGAUCCGUGAACGGCAUGCUUUCUGGGGUGUUGGCCUACGCCGGUGCUCAACUCUUUGUCGAAUUCAUGGCCGAAAUGCGACGCCCUCAAGAUUUCAUCAAGGCGAUGUGGAGUGCCCAGUUCUUCAUUUACAGUGUCUACCUCACGUAUGGAUGCGUGGUUUAUCACCUGCAAGGACAAUACAGUUUCAAUCCUAGCUACCAGGGCGUCAGUAUGUACGCCUGGCAAACCCUGGGCAAUAUGGUCACUUUGAUCGCCGCUUUGAUCGCCGGCGGUCUUUACGGGAAUAUCGGCAUCAAGGUGGUUUACAAUAACAUCCUUGUCGAUAUUUUCAAAGUCCCGCCGAUGGAUACUCGACGAGGCAAAAUCAUAUAUGCGCUCUUGGUUCCCUUGUGGUGGAUUAUCGCUUUCAUUAUCGGUGCCGCUAUCCCCGACUACUUCGGUUUUGUCAGUGUGAUGGCCGCUUCGAUGCUUCUCAAUCUAAGCUAUACUUUGCCCCCGCUCUUUGCACUGGGCUUUGACAUACAGAAGAAUUCGAUUCGAGCAGAGGAAGGAGAAGGGUUCAACCCAGUUACCGGGCAGGUUAUUAAAAAUGGCUCAGCUACCCAGCGCUGGGCUCGUGGGUUCGUGUCUGGUGGCUGGUUCCAAAUCGCGAUCAAUAUUUGGCAUAUUAUUUACUUUUUGGCUUCCUUAUCCAUGUGUGGACUUGGAAUGUGGGCGGCAGUCGUUGGGAUGAUCGAGGCAUUCAAAAAUCCACAGUUAAACUCGUUUUCUUGCACCUCGCCUCUCAAUCUGAACGCAUGA